ACACCGCCCACGCCGGGGGUGGCCCCGCGCCAACGCGGGGGACCGGCGAGCAGCGCCCGAGGCUCACAGACAGCGCUUUGCGAGCGGCCGCAGCGCAUCAGAGCGCCCGGCCGGGUCGAGCCGAGCCGGGAUGAGGGCUCCGCGGGCCGCCGGGGCCGACCGCCGCCGUACUCGGCACUGACGCCCCCUCUACCGCCUGCUCCCUUCUCCGGUGCUCGGCGGGGAGCCAGCGGCUCCCGGAGGCCGCGCAGCCCAUGGAUGGCUCCCCGCAGCCCCCGGAUGGCUCCCCGCAGCCCCCGGUGACGGUGGGAACUGGCAGCCCCGACGGCGGGGGGGCGGCGGGCGGCGGCGGCGAGGCUUUUGGGGACCGGUCCCUCAACCAGGGCCUGAGCGUGCUGGUGGGACUGGCGCUUUGCGUGACCAUGCUGGGGCUGGGCUGUGCCGUGGAGCUGAGCCAGCUGGGGCAGCAGCUGCGGCGGCCCGUGGGGCUGCUGCUGGCACUGCUGGGCCAGUUCGUGGCCAUGCCGCUGCUGGCCUUCCUCCUCGCCCUCAUCUUCGCCCUGGACGAGGUGGCGGCGGUGGCUGUGCUGCUGUGCGGCUGCUGCCCCGGGGGCAAUCUCUCCAACCUCAUGUCGGUGCUCGUCGACGGGGACAUGAACCUCAGCAUUAUCAUGACGGCCUCCUCCACGCUGCUGGCCCUCUUCCUGAUGCCCCUCUGCCUCUGGAUCUACAGCCGCCACUGGAUCAACACGGCCGUGGUACAGCUGCUGCCCCUGGGGGCAGUUAGUCUGACGCUGGGCAGCACCCUGCUGCCCAUCGGCCUCGGGGUGCUCAUCCGAUACCGGCACCCCCGCGCCGCCGACCUCCUGGUUAAGAUUUCCCUGUGGUCUCUCCUGGUGACUCUGGUGAUCCUGUUCAUCCUGACCGGGACCAUGCUGGGCCCAGAUCUGCUGGCACACAUCCCUGCAUCCGUCUAUGCCAUUGCGGUGCUGAUGCCUCUAGCGGGCUACGCCCUGGGGUACGGCUUGGCCACCGUCUUUAAAAUGCCCCCACACUGCAGGAGAACGGUGUCGUUGGAAACGGGCUGCCAAAACGUCCAGCUCUGCACCGCCAUCCUGAAGCUCACCUUCCCCCCGGAGCUCAUCGGGGGCAUGUACAUGUUCCCCUUGCUCUAUGCGCUCUUCCAGUCGGCAGAAGCGGGACUCUUCGUGCUGCUGUACAAGAUGUACGGCAGGGAGAGCCACAAGCAAGACGCGCUGGGCGAAGAGGAAGACACGGACAUCUCCUACAAGAAACUGAAGGAGGAGGAGGUGGCCGACACUUCCUACGGCACAGUGACUACGGGGGAGCACAACUCCAUUCAGAUGGAGCCGACGCAGACGGCGCUCUAGGGACGAGCGAUGUGUGUGGUGCUUGCAACCCGGCCGGGGCCGCACUCGCCGCCACGCAAAGUGGAGCUGCCCGGCCUCCAUCCUUCCUCCAGCUGCUCCCAUUGUCCAAGGUGAUGUGUGUUUAUUACUGUGACAGUUGUAUUCCCGGGAAAAUAAAUAUUGGGGAGGAAUCAAAACUGAAGGAAAAAAUAUCACUGUGAUGCAAUUCAGUAACUGUAAGUCUUCAGGCAAGGAGGUUCCUGCCCACCUGCGUGCAGCAGGAGUGGGCAGGAGGAAGGAGACAGCGGUUUUGCAGAGGCGAAGCCAACGGGGACAGACAGAUAACCCACCUUGUGCGUGUACCUCCAUCCCUCCCACCCGCUGUAAAAGCUUUGUGCUUGUCUCACCUCAAAUACACGGCGAAGCUGAACCAAA